CUUUUUCUGCUGGAUUCGUUGGUUCUGGUGUAAUUUUCAUGAAAGUUUUUUCUGCUGGUGCUUUUGGUUUAAUAGCUGCUAAUGCAUUUAAUCUUUCAACACGUAUCACUUGGAGUUGGAAUUUUAUUAAAAAUUAUUUCUUAAAAAAUCGUAAUUACUCUCAAAAUGAAUUAAAAGAAUUACGAAGAAUGUUAUCUUUAUCAAAUCUAUUACCACGAUCAUUAGUAUUGAUAUCAUUCUUUUUAUCUUGGGUUAUAACUUUUUGGUCAAAUGAAUAUAUUGGAUGGGCUACUAUGGAUGCAAAGUUGAAACAUGCUGGAGUUGGUUGUUUUUGCGCAAUUAUUGUUGCCAGUAUUACGUACCAGCAAGAAAGAAUAUUUAUACAAGAUGUGACAAGCCUUAUUCGCGGUGACAGUCAGUCAAAGAAAUUGGAUUAA